AUGUUUGAGCUUUUUUUUCGCGCUAAUUUUAUUACCACCGAUCCCAAGGGGCGAGGUACAUCGCGCGGCACACCGAGGGGCCGAGGAAGAGGAGCGCCUCACAUCCCCGGCGGGCCCGCGCCUAGCGGAGACAAACUCAAGAGAGACAUUCUCGACUUAUCCAAAUAUCAGAAUCAACCAGUUCGUGUACGAUUUACGGGGGGAAGAGAAGUUACUGGAGUGGUCAAAGGCUGGAACAACAAUCUGGACCUUGUUCUAGACGAUGUUGAAGAGGUUGUCUCAGAGGCUGCUCCUCGUCCGCGCCGUCUAGGAUUUGUCAUCUGCCGCGGUUCAACGGUGGUCAUCGUCAGUCCAUUAGACGGUUCGGCCGAAAUUGAAAAUCCUUUCAUUGCUCAGGAUUCCUGA